AUGUUUUUGGCAGAAGAGGUGGGAUUCACUGUGUUUAUGAAUGUCAUUUAUGAGGUCUCGAUACCGAACCCGGUGUCAGAGGACAGCACCUCUAACAUCACGUCGAACAGACCAUUGAGACAGAAGAGAUCCUCCAACAUACCUGGUUCCCACACUCCAGGAAGUAAUAAAUGCGUUUAUGCCCGUCAUUUAAUAAGGCGUGUAUGCUCUAAUUUUGAUGUCCUGGUGAGCGAAGACACGUUGGAGUUUUUGGAGUGGAAAGAAGGCUCCCCUGGUUCAGUGCCUCCAAAUUCAAUCAGGACCUGCACAUCACAUAAUCUUUAUGUUGCAAAGAACAAGUAUGGUCUUGGGUAUGCUAGUAAUAAACUUUUCUACAUUACCAGGGGAGGUAUUGAAUAUAGGUACAAAUAUUAUGAGGCCCUGACCUUUAACAAAGAUAUUUUCAAAGAGCACAUUUCUGAUGUGAGGUACAGGAUUGAUGCAGCUAAAAGAUUUAAGCAUCCUCCAGAGGUCAUGGGCACGUCUACCAUUAUCAAUAAUGAGUGCAGUGAAGUUACAAAAACAUCUAAGAUCUCAAACACGUAUGUAGAAGAGAAAAGGUGGGAUACGAGCACUGCUAUCUCAGCUGGUGUCAGAGUUAGCAUCUCUGCUAAAAUCCCAUUAAUCAGCGAGACAGGUAUUGAGCUUAGUACUGAGGUAACCAACACAUUCUCCAAGGGGACCACCCUAAAGGUGUCAAUAAACCUUGUUGUCGAGGUGGAAAUAGAAGUACCACCAAACCACUCCUGCAGUGUCAGUGUUGUAGGACAUAAAUACUCAAUGAAUAUCCCUUACACAGCACGCCUCACCCGCACCUACCGUAAUGGGAAAACCAGAUCAAAAACCAUCACUGGGAAGUACUAUGGUGUCAAUGUUGUAGAUUUCAAGUCUGUUGUGGAUCGCUGUGUUCCUAUACCCAAUGCUAAGCCUUGCAAGUGA